CCACUGCAACCGAAAGGUGUCGGCGGCGGCGGUUAUAAUUUGCCUUCUCCAGAUUCUGUAGCAAGUGACACUAGCAUCGCAUCUGCAAGCUCCCUCUCAAAACCAAUGUACUACCAAGACCAACUCCAUCCUCUACCUAGAGAAAUCAGAGCUCCUGCCAGCCCCAACACAAGGAACACCGACAACUCCGACCCCGGUCCCGGAACCCAAAUUCAACAACAAGCUAAAGAUUCCAACUACAUCCUCCCUCAACAUCUGGAUCAACAUUAUCAGCAUCAACAAUAUGUUCAGGCCGGCGCGCAUUAUGUCCACCACCAUGCAGCCAGUCCGGUGACAAUGCCACAGUACUACCAAGUUUACCCUCAAACACCUCAACAAUUUCACCAUCCAAUUGAUCAGCAAUAUCCAGUCUAUAUAAUGCCGGUUGCCCCACAAACACCGCAGCCAUAUAACAUGUCUUUGCAAUCCAACAUUGCUGACGCAACGACUGUAGUCACCUCAAGCCGACCGCUGACAACUCCAGCCCCUGCCUCUGGUAUCCCACCUGUUUACCCUGCAAAGGCAGCUUCCCCUACUCCACCUGAAAUGGCUGCAUCGGGUGUUUACAAAACCACUAUGGCGUCAAAUGCUCCUUUGGUUCAGAUCCCACAAAACCAAUUUCAGCAAAAUUACAUGGGCUUCUCACAAAUGCAUCAUCACCCUACUCAGUCUCUUGCUAUUCCUUCCUCUGCUGCUGGGAAUUACGCUUUUGAGUACUCGAAUCCGGCCUCAGCCGUUGCCCAUGAGCAAGUUUUCUACACGCAGCACCCGGCUGCGGUGGCUGCUCCAUCACCAUUGCCUUCUCAGUAUCAAUCGAUGACUCCCGCAGCGGCGAUAGCCUUGUCGGAGGCUGCAAAACAGCUGCCUGCAGAUAAUACCAACGCUCAACAGCAGAACAGAACGUCACAACCACUAUAAGUGAACAGGAAGAGAAUAAAUAAGAAUUUUUGUUUGGUAAAAGUUGGAUAUUGUAUUUUGUUUUUUUUUCCGACUUCUUUCUCUGUAUCUUUUAAUAGCUGCUACAAUUAUAAUCUUGUGUUACAAAUGAAUAAUAAAAGGACAUCAUCGGUUUC